CGCAUGUGCGUUGCUAUUGACCACACUCACCGCCAUAGUUGUUUACAUUGCAAGUUGUCUGCAUUCAGAGAAGUUUGUUCGAAGUAAGAACUAGAAGAACACCAACCAUGCCACCCAAGGCAGUCAAGGCCAAACAGACCGGUGGAGGCACCUCUGCACCGAAGGGUAAAACAGGGGUGCGAAAUGCGGGUCAGGCCGCACCUGGCAAAAUAUCAACCAUUAAGGAGGGUGAUGACAUGACAGACAUGGGCGAUGGUACUGAUGCUGAAGAUUGGACUCAGCAACGGACUCUGGUGAAGCCUGAAGAUCAGCUGGACCUUUCAGAAGUUGAACUGAAAGAAGAGUUCACGAGGAUCCUGACCGCCAACAACCCCCAUGCGCCACAGAACAUAGUGCGCUACAGCUUCAAGGAGAAGCAGUACAAACAGACGUCCAGUGUUGACCAGCUGGCUGUCCAUUUUGCUCUGGAUGGUAACAUGCUGCACAGAGAUUCAGAUGAAGCCAGACGCCAGAGGGACCGUAUGGGCAUCCCAGAGGCAGCAACAGAAGAUGAUGUACAACAGCAGCAGGCAACAUCGCAGCGUGCAGGGGCUGUAUCAGAAACUGAAACUGAGGUGGAACCUGAAGAAAUCUCUGCCAGUGAGCAGGCGGUCAGUGAGGGAGGGGAUGCCGCCCAGGCUGCAGAGGGGGAGGGAGAGGAUGAUCACAAGGGUAAGGAUGACGGUGCAGAAGAGGCAGCGCCAUCUAGUGGAGAUAAGAAGCUGACCAAUCAGUUUAACUACAGUGAGCGUGCUUCCCAAACCUACAACAACCCAUACAGGGAGCGGGGAACAGCAACUGAGCCUCCACCUCGCGUCACCUUCUCCUCCAACGUCACACAGUGGGAGAUCUAUGAUGCAUACCAGGAGGACUUUGAGAAACAGGAGAAGAACAAAGAGAAGAAGGUUGUGCAUGGGAGAAAGGAGGAGGAGAAGACGAGGAAGAAACUAACCAUUACAGAAACUCAGAGUGAUGACAUUUCGCGGGUGGCACGUGCUGCGAAGAUUGUGGAGAGAAUGGUCAACCAGAAUACCUACGAUGACAUUGCUCAAGAUUUCAAGUACUUUGAUGACACGUCAGAUGAGUACCGAGAACAGGAGGGUACUCUGCUUCCACUGUGGAAGUUCUCCCACGAGAAGGCCAAGAAGCUGGCUGUCACAUCUCUCUGCUGGAACCCCAAGUACAAGGACUUGUUUGCUGCUUCCUAUGGAUCAUAUGAUUUCAUGAAACAGGGCAAUGGAAUGAUCCUGUUUUCUUCCCUGAAGAACCCGUCGUACCCUGAGACUGUGUUUGAGACAGACAGCGGGGUGAUGUGUCUGGAUGUGCACCCGGAACACCCCUACCAGGUGGCUGCUGGAUUCUAUGAUGGCAGCGUGGCUGUCUUCAAUGUAGUAGAGAAAAAGGAUGGCCCAGUUCAUAGAUGCACAGCAAAGAAUGGCAAACACACAGACCCAGUGUGGCAGGUGCGCUGGCAGAAAGAUGACACGGACAACAACAUGAACUUCUACUCCAUAUCAUCAGAUGGAAGAAUUGUACACUGGACUAUAGUGAAGAAUGAGAUGGUGUAUCAAGACGUCAUCACACUCACCCUUCCGGAGGACCCUGCAGAGGGGCCAGAUGGUAUCAAGGUGCCCACCGUGGGUUGUGGCACAGCAUUUGACUUCCACAAGCAGAAGAACUACCUGUUCCUGGUGGGCACAGAGGAGGGCAAGGUCCAUGUAUGUUCUAAAGCCUACACAAGCCACUUCAUUGACUCCAUUGAUGCCCACAACAUGGCCGUGUACAAGGUGUCAUGGAACCACUACCAUCCAAAGAUCUACAUCACAUGUAGUGCCGACUGGAAUGUCAAGAUCUGGGAGAUGGGUGGCAAGGUGGACAAGAACGCAGAUGGUUCCGAGGUGGCGUCAAGGAAACCACUGUUCUCCUUCGAUCUGAACAACUCUGUCGGUGAUGUUGCAUGGGCACCCUACUCCUCAACUGUGUUUGCAGCUGUCACAGCUGAUGGGAAGGUGUAUGUGUACGAUCUGAAUGUAAACAAGUACGAGCCACUUUGUGAGCAGAUGGUUGCUCAGAAAAAGAAGACAAAGCUGACCCAUAUAGAGUUCAACCCUGUGUAUCCCAUGUUAGUUGUUGGAGAUGACAGGGGGAAUGUCACAAGUCUAAAAUUGUCACCAAACUUGAAGAAGAUGCCAAAGGAGAAGAAGGGGGCUCCCCCGAUGGAUGCUGCUCAGAGGACGCAGUUCGAGAUCGCCAAGCUGGAUAAGAUAUUAUCCAUGGUGCGAGAACCUACCGAGCCUAGUGUCUCAAAUUAAACCAGCGACUGUCAGGAGGAUAUCAGUAUUACCUACAUGGAUAAACCACUGUGCUGUAGGGCCUGUCUGGAACUACUCAUCCACCAUAGGAACACUUGUAAGGAUUACAGAGUACUGGACUUACCAUUAAGUUCCCCACAGUAAUCAUACAGUGUGCACGGUUAAACAAAUGUGAUUAAUUUACUGUUAGAACUACAAAGAUUCAUACUUUAAAGGAAAUAACAUUUGAAAUAUUUUAAAGAAGUUGAAAUUUAUUGGUUCAAGUAUAAAAAGGAUGUUGUUGAAAUGUAUGUAUGUGAAGUCUUAAUGACUUAUCCCACAGUGUGAACAACAGUUCAAUUUAUAUAAAAGCAGCUAUCGGGACAGGGGAUUGAAUCCUUGUCUGAGAGACCACAGUUAAUUUGAACUGUUCAUCCAUAUUUAAAUGUCCAUGUUUCCAUGGUGCUGGAUUGACCAGCAUUAGCCAUUUGUUGAAGUAUCAAUGUUGAUGACUGUUUUUCAUGUGUAUAUUAUUUUGUACAGCUGACUGUGAUAAGGUCAUGUUUUCAUCUUUGUUUGAAUUAUAUAUAUGCAUUAAUAAAUGAGUUUAAACUUGUUAUUAAGUCAAAUACUGAAUAAAAAAUUAAUAUCAA